GCUGCAGCUCGGAAGGCUCAGACCGGUCCAUCCAUUCCUCCUUCAGAAACCUCCACAUUCAGGCAGGAUGGCAGCGCACCACCCAGAGUUCGAGCGGGCCGGUCAGACACCGGGUCUCCAGGUGUGGAGGGUGGAGAACUUUGACCUGGUGCCUGUUCCUGAGAACCUGCACGGGGGAUUCUACACCGGAGACGCCUACCUCAUCCUCAACACGAUCAAGCAGCGCUCCGGGAACCUGCAGUACGACCUCCACUUCUGGCUGGGGGAUUUUUGCUCCCAGGAUGAGAGCGGCUCGGCUGCCAUCUUUACAGUCCAAAUGGACGACUUCCUGGGGGGGAAACCUAUCCAGUACCGUGAGGUGCAAGGACACGAGUCAAAAACUUUUCUGGGCUACUUCAAGUCUGGAAUCAAAUACAUGAAAGGAGGUGUGGCGUCUGGGUUCAAACACGUCGUCACCAACGAGGUGUCGGUGCAGCGCGUGCUGCAGAUCAAAGGUCGUCGGGUUGUCCGGGCAACGGAGGUGGCAGUCAGCUGGGACAGCUUCAACCAAGGAGACUGCUUCAUCCUGGACCUGGGAGAUGAGAUUUAUCAGUGGUGCGGCUCUCAGAGCAAUCGCUUUGAGAAGCUCAAGGCUACUCAGGUCGCCAAGGGGAUCCGUGACAACGAGCGCAGCGGGAGGGCCCGGGUGUACGUCUGCGACGAGGGCGUGGAGAGGGAGAAGAUGCUGGAGGUUUUAGGUCCCAAACCAGAUCUGCCCGCAGGAGCCUCUGACGACGUCACAGCUGAUGCUUCGAACAGGAAGAAGGCGAAACUCUACAAGGUUUCCAACGCCGGUGGAGGCAUGACCAUUGCUCUGGUGGCAGCCGAGAACCCGUUUGCCCAGAGCGCCCUGGAGUCUGGCGAUUGCUUCAUUCUGGACCACGGCUCAGACGGAAAAAUCUUUGUCUGGAAAGGCAAAGACGCCAACAUGGACGAGCGAAAGGCGGCGAUGAAGGCGGCCGAUGAGUUCAUCAAGAAAAUGGGUUAUCCCAAGCACACGUCGGUGCAGAUCCUGCCGGAGAUGGGCGAGACGCCGCUCUUCAAGCAGUUCUUCAAAAACUGGCGGGAUAAAGACCAGACAGAAGGCCUGGGCGUGGCCUACAUCGCCAACAGCAUCGCCAAGAUUGAGAAGGUGCCUUUCGAUGCCGCCAGCCUUCACGAGUCCCCCGCCAUGGCGGCCCAGCACGGCAUGGUUGAUGAUGGCAGCGGAGAGAAACAGAUCUGGCGCAUUGAGGCAUCGGACAAGGUCCUGGUGGAUCCAUCCACGCAUGGACAGUUCUACGGAGGAGACAGUUACAUCAUCUUGUAUAACUACAGUCAUGGAGGACGUCAAGGACACAUCAUUUACAUGUGGCAGGGAAUGGACUCCAGUCAGGAUGAGAUCGGGGCCUGUGCGAUUCUUGGCGCCCAGCUGGACGAGGAGCUCGGCGGUGGUCCUGUGCAGGUGAGGGUGGUGCAGGGGAAGGAACCGGCCCACCUGAUGAGUCUGUUCGGGGGACAGCCCAUGGUGGUGUACAAGGGAGGAACGUCCAGGGAGGGAGGUCAGUCCUCUCCCGCAGACGUCCGUCUCUUCCAGGUGCGCUCCAACUCCGCAGGGAACACCAGAGCCGUGGAGGUCGAUGCGGCGGCGUCCAACCUGAACUCCAACGACGCUUUUGUGCUCGUCACCCCUGACGGCGCCUUCCUGUGGGUGGGAGUGGGCGCCAGCGACACGGAAAAGCAGGGAGCCCAGCAGCUGUGUGACAUUCUGGGAGUGUCGGCCUCCGAGCUGUCUGAGGGAGGAGAAACUGAUCAGUUCUGGGGGCCUCUGGGAGGUCAAGCAGAAUAUCGCACCUCCACCAGACUCAAGGACAAGAUGGACGCUCACCCGCCGCGACUCUUCGCCUGCUCCAACAAGACCGGGAACUUUAUCAUUGAGGAGGUGCCCGGGGAGAUGACCCAAGACGACCUUGCCACAGAUGAUGUAAUGAUCCUCGACACCUGGGAGCAGGUGUUUGUCUGGAUUGGAAACGAAGCCCAGGAGGAGGAGAAAACUGAAGCCAUGGCGUCUGCGGUCCGUUACAUCGAGACCGACCCGGCCAGCAGAGACCCCAGAACGCCCGUGGUCAGAAUCAAGCAGGGCUUCGAGCCGCCCACGUUCACCGGCUGGUUCCUGGGCUGGGACCACGACUACUGGACCAGCGACCCCCUGGAGCGUGCCAUGGCAGAACUGUCUGUCUGAGCGGCGCCCCCAUCCACCUUGACCUUUGACCUUUCUGCUGUUCUGCUAGCACUGCGCUACAAAUGCCAAGAUGUUUUUUUAGCUGCCAACACAACUGUCAAAAGUUUUUUAAUCAAAUGUUUUGCCUCCAAGCGCCGUGCCUUCACGUGUUUCACAGAUAAAUACGGUUUCUGUUGUUUUGCACUAAAUAUAUUUUAAAACGUUGAAUUCUUUGAAGAGUUUUCUAACUUUGUUGAAAAAGUAAAACUGAUUUAUAAACCAUAAAAGCAAAACCACAGUAAACAAGGAAAACAUUUAAUUUAGUUUACGUUCCAUUUUUAAAGGUACAGCUCCAGGUAGAAGUUCUGUUUACCUUUUUAGUGUAUUUAUUUUUUAACAACCAACCAUGGCAGGAACUCCUUCUUCUAGUUUUAGUUGUAACUCAACGCCUUGCUGCUUCA